AUGGAGACCUCUCGCAAGGAUUCCGAUUCUUCCAGUUCUGGAAGAUGCACAUCUUGUGCAGCUACGCGAGGCUCCAGUAUCACAGAAUGGCAUAUUGGGGACUACGCCGGUGCACCCGAUCCGACGAUGCCGGCCUCGACAAGGCCACGCGAGGGCUGCAACUCCCCCAUCGUCCUCCAACAGCCCGAACAUGCCUCUGGGCAGGUAUCAUAUAGCAGCAGACUUCACCAAGUCGACGCAAGCGGGACCGGGUCUAUAGCCGAACUCCCCAGCUCCGGUCUGCAAGCCGAGCCGCAGCACCCCGACGUGCACCUGCGCGCCGAAUCCCCAGCUCCCAUCUCGCAGCUUCAGAACCAGACCGGCCAGCAGAUGGGCCACGAAGCCCUCAAGUACGAAAACCCCCGCAUUUGCGGCAGGAGAACCCCCUCGGCGCAGCUUGUGUCGUUUUGCGGGGACGUUGAGAGGGAGGACCCCAGAUUUGUCGUGGCGCGGGCUGCCGAGGUCUUUCCCGACGUGCCGGACAACGUGAGCGAGCCGGACCAGGAUGACAUCUACCCCUGGGAGCAGCACUAUCGCUGGGACCAUCCAAGAGCCAGCGAUGCAGGCCCCGCCGCGGCCGGUGAUCUCUGGUGGGAAGCCGUGUCUCCCUUGAGUCGGUCUCCGUCACCUGGAUAUGGCCAUUUUCGGAGUAGCCAGUAA